AAGAGAAGUCAAUCCGAGAGUGUUGAUACGCGUGUAUGCAAGUCAACUGAAGCGAUGCGGAAGAAAUCAUCACUUCAAAGCAAUCCUUUAAUCCAGAAGUCACAGAAAAACGAAAUGACGUCAUAUAUCUCGACUAUGUGAGGUCUGUUGGCGUCGAACGAAAAAGUUUCAGUGUUCGGCAGGCCUGUUCGAUGCUACGUUGACUCAAGCCGGAAACCUCUUUCAAAUCGAUCCCCAACGAGCUAGAAGCCACGACCGACAUCCGGAGACCGCCUGAGUAAGACUAAGCGCGAACGCCUGGGGAAGUCAGUGAUGCAUUCAAGCUUCAGUUGGCUGAAGUCGAUUCGAAUAAGACCAGAAUUGAAGAUCAAAUCGAUUCAUAUCAUGUUGGGAUAAGUGUGGCGAGCCGUCCAACGAAGUUACUGCCUGGGUCAGCAAGGCCAGCCAGAUUUGAUCACUUCCAUUAUUUCUGAUGGAGUUCAAUCGCAAUUUUUUAAACCGGCCUGGACUUAAGGACUUUCGUCAUGACGAAACAAACGGAAUUUAUGUGUCAUGAUCUUUUAACAACAAAGGAUAUAAACUCCUCGAUCUCUGUGCUCGCCUACCAACUUAUUCCUUUCGAUAGGAACAUUUUCUCAAACUUAAUUUAUUAUUAUAUUUUCUCAAGCGCUGUGCGCUGGUCAUAUUCUAUAAACUCUUCAUUCACCAUAUAACUGCCUUUCCUACCACAUAAUGUACAAUUCCGCCUUAUUUUGUAGUGUUUUGUUCAGUUUGUCCCUUUCACGUGCUCAACAGCUACCUCCUCAAGUACUUCCACCUGCGCCACAACAAGCGCAAGCACCUGGUCAACCUGGAGCAGGAGCGCAACAAUUAACAUUGAAUCCUACUUUAGUUAAUCAAGCUUCGCUCGCGACCGGUAUUGAAGGAGGUGUUAAAGGUUUGGCGCCCAGUGCGCAAUCUUCCAACAACUUUAUCAACUUUUGCGAAGGUCAAACUUUGACAAAUGGACAGAUGAACGACCAAGGAUCAUGUAGUCCUAUCCCAUUAGGGUCUAUUCCUUCCAAAGAUCGAAUGCCAUCUGUUAGAUUCGUUGCCCCGGCUAAUUUCCAACGAGUGGAGGCCAAUCAGCCUAUCGAAGUUCGAAUGUCUAUCAGGAAUUUGAACGCAGGGUCAGCAGCCAACCCCACGAACACCUAUUAUUCAGCACCCCAACAAUUAGGUCCCAACGGGUUCAUCAUCGGUCAUAUUCACAUGAUCGCAGAUAGAAUUACACCUGGCCCUCAGCAAGCUCCCGAUAUUAGUCCAAAGCCCGCCUUUUUCAAACCAGUUUCCGAACAGCCCGACGCAAAUGGGAUCAUUACCUUUGCCAUGGACCCAUUACCUGAUGGAGAAUACCGUCUCACGACCGUUACUUCCUCGACCAACCACGCUCCUGUCAUCCUCCCAAACCCAACACAUGGAUCUGUGGAUGAUUCCGUUUAUAUCUUCGUUGGAACUGCCUCCAAUGUGUUACAAGCCGCCGCAAACGCCCCACCUGCUCCCCGUGGAGGGGCUCCUGGUCAACCUGCCACCCCGGUGCAAAGACCUCAACAACCUGGUCAACCACCUGCACCUGGUCAACCACCUGCACCUGGUCAACCACCGGUACCUGGUCAACAACCCCAACCCGGUCAACCACCUGUACCCGGUCAACCACCUGUACCCGGUCAACCGGCUGCUCCACAGGCACCAGCUGGUCAAGCACCAGGCCAACCUAGACUCAGAACGCGAAACACUCCUGGACAACCAGGUUUCCCCGGUCAACAAGGUUUACCCGGUCAACAAGGUUUAUCCGGUCAACAAGGUCUACCCGGUCAGCAAGGUCUAUCCGCUCAACAGGGUCUAUCAGGUCAACAAGGUCUACCAGGUCAACAGGGUCUACCCGGUCAACAAGGUCUACCCGGUCAACAAGGAUUGCUCGGUCAGCAAGGUCUACCCGGUCAACAAGGUCUACCUGGUCAACAAGGAUUGCUCGGUCAGCAAGGAUUACCUGGUCAACAAGGUCAACAGGCACAGCAACAACAGUUACAACAGCUUCAACAGAUUCAACAGCUACAAGCUGCUCAAGCACAAGCCGGGGGUCAAAUACCAGGUCAACCUAGAUUUAACAGAAGAAACGUUAUCUUGAUGACAUAAGAUUCAUAGAUACAAAGCUCGAGUUGAAAAUGUAUUUGAAAUUGCAUGAUAUGUUAUGAUUUGAAAAGAUGUUGUAUUAGAAACUUAUGAUCAAUCACUUAGACCCUUGAAAUGAUUAUUCCUUCCAUUUUACAAAUA